CCGGGCCUUUAUAGCGCCCGUCCCGCACCGCCGCUGCAGCUGCACCGUGCCUGGCUCAGCCGCUCCUGUCGAAUCAAAAGAAAACUAAGUCGAGGAACAAAGUGAGAACUUAACUAUCAACAUGAAGUUACUCAUCUUCCUCACAAUAACUCUCGGCACGCUUGUCACAGGACUAGAUUCUGUUUACAUCAGGCAGUACUACAAAUUAUCACAUAAACACAGAUCCCAACAUAGAGAAUGCCACUGUCUGAAUGGUGGAACCUGCAUUACCUAUCAGUUCUUCAGCCAAAUAAAGCGCUGCCUGUGCCCAGAAGGAUAUGGUGGGCUUCACUGUGAAAUAGACACUGACAGCAUGUGCUACAGCGGGAAUGGGGAGAGCUACAGAGGAAUGGCAGCAGAUCCAGGUUGUCUGUAUUGGGACCUUCCUUCAGUAAUCAGGAGGGGUGAUUACCAUGUUGAUUUGAAGAAUGCUCUGCAGCUUGGACUGGGCAAACAUAACUACUGCAGAAACCCAAAUGGAAGGAGCAGGCCUUGGUGCUACACCAAGAGAGGAUACUCCAUUCAAGAAACACCCUGCAGCACCAUAGAGAAGUGUGGGAGUACAUGUGGCCAAAGAAGCUUCAGCAAGUACUUCAAGAUUGUUGGUGGAAGCCAGGCUGAGGUUGAGACUCAACCUUGGAUUGCUGGCAUCUUCCAGAACAUGAUGGGCACUGACCAAUUUCUGUGCGGUGGCAGCCUCAUCGACCCUUGCUGGGUGCUUACAGCAGCACAUUGUUUCUAUGAUCUGACAAAAAAGCAACCAAACAAGUCAGCCUACAAAGUCUUCCUUGGAAAGUCCGUAUUGAAUGCUACCGAUGAACAUGAACAGGUGUUCAUGGUGGAUGAAAUAAUCUCUCAUCCUGACUUUACAGACUACACAGGAGGCAACGACAAUGAUAUUGCUUUGAUAAGAAUAAGAACAGCUUCUGGACAGUGUGCAGUAGAAUCCAACUAUGUCAGAACAGUCUGCUUGCCAGAGAAGAACCUUGAGCUAUACGACAAUACCCGGUGUGAAAUAGCUGGCUAUGGAAAACAGAAUUUUUACGAUAUUUACUAUGCUCAAAGACUAAUGUCAGCCACUGUAAACUUAAUAUCACAGGACACUUGCAAAAAUAAAUACUAUGAUAGCAUCAGAGUUACUGACAACAUGGUCUGCGCUGGAGACCCAGCAUGGGAAACAGAUGCAUGCAAGGGAGAUUCUGGUGGCCCCAUGGUCUGUGAGCACAAUGGCAGGAUGACACUUUAUGGGAUUGUCAGCUGGGGAGACGGCUGUGCAAAGAAAAACAAGCCCGGUGUUUACACCAGAGUUACUCGCUACCUUAACUGGAUUGACUCUAAUAUGAAUGCAGUGGUUACCAAAAGUCGCUCUUUCCCUGAACCAAAGUGACCACCUGUGUACUACUGGACUUGAAUAACAGUGAGACUGUGGUGAUGCCAGGACACCAAAGCCCUGAAUAUCAGAGUUCUUGCUUUUAACUGAUCAUGUAGUUUACCACUACAGUGUUUCUGAUGCAGAAGUUGAUACUAUCUCACUACUCUUAGUUACUGAAAACCACUCAAUGGGAAUCUAAAAUAUUUAACAUUUAAAUGAGUAUUCCCACGAGCAAUACUGUACAUAUGAAGUUAACUGUCCACUUAAUUUACAAACUGGCAUUUGUUCUGGAAGUAUUGGUGAAACUUUAAGUUACUUAACUUGUGCAUUUUGUAUAUGGCAUCUAACAUCUUUCCCCAUCACUCCAAACAACAUGGAUUGAUAGAAACCUAACCUAUGAAGGCCAGUACUGGGAAUGUGAACAGACUUUGCCUCAGAAUGUGCAAGAAACUGCAUCAGCAUUGAUUAUCAUCAAUGUGUGAAGAAGGACUGAAGUCCACUCUGACUGAAGCAGCACUUGGUAUACAGGACUCAUUCCUGUAAACCCCCAAAAUACUAAAAUCUUAGCAAUGGCAACUGCAGCUGUGUUAGCAUUAAAAACUCUUGAGGUAUUCCACCAAAAAACUGUGCUAAAGAGGGAAAACUAUUAAUGUGACUGCACUUCCAGGUCCCAUCCAAAGGAGCCUGGGUUCCCUUAGAAGUCUGAUGGUACCACUUUUCUCCAUUACCUAUGCAACCAAGAGAAGAGCUACGGAUUCAACAUGCACUGAGUGCUACAGAUGUUGAAAGUCAGAACAAGAGUCAGAACUUUAUUUCCAUUCAUCUAACUGAUAUGAUAUGGAAAUAACUUUUUUUCCCCCCUCAAGACUUCUACUGAUUUUAUUUUUAAACUUUUUUUUUAUAGAUGGAAUUAUUUGCAUGAGGGCUGGAACCUCAUUUUAUUUAAUUUUUACUAUGUUUAACU